AUAGCAAGCAUGGCAGGCGACAGCGAGACAAGACUGGACAGUCAAGUCGAAAACGAGAAUGUUACACGGCAACCUUUCCUCAUCGGGGUAGCCGGAGGGACUGCCAGCGGCAAGAGUUCUGUCUGCGGUAAGAUCAUGGAGCUGCUUGGCCAGAACAAGAUUGACCAUCACCAGCGCCAGGUGGCCAUUCUCAGCCAAGACAGCUUCUACAGGGUCCUUACUCCGGACCAGAAGGCCAAGGCACUGAAGGGACAGUUCAACUUCGACCACCCAGAUGCAUUUGACAACGAGCUCAUCGUGAAAACGUUGUGGGACAUCUUGGAGGGCAAAACAGUGCAAAUCCCAGUGUAUGACUUUGUCACCCAUUCCAGGAAGGAGGAGGUGGUGAUGGUGUAUCCAGCAGACGUGGUGCUGUUCGAGGGCAUCUUGAUGUUCUACUCUCAGGAGAUCAGGGACCUAUUCCAGAUGAAGCUGUUUGUGGACACAGACGCAGACACACGGCUCUCACGCAGAGUGCUCAGAGACAUCGGCGAGCGAGGUAGGGAUCUGGAGCAGGUGCUAACGCAAUACAUCACCUUUGUUAAGCCUGCCUUUGAGGAGUUCUGUCUGCCAACCAAGAAGUGCGCUGACGUGAUCAUUCCCAGAGGAGCAGAUAAUCUUGUUGCCAUAAACCUUAUAGUUCAGCACAUCCAGGACAUUCUGAACGGUGGUCUGACCAAACGCCUGAACAGCAGCCUUAACGGUUACGGUACUUCCCGUAAACGGCAGGUGUCUGAGUCCAGCAGUCGGCCCCACUGACCGCACCAUCCCUCUCUCAGCGCCAGGGAGCGAGGGAUUGAUGGUAGAGGAGAGGAGGGCUCACCUGUACAUACCUACCUACUGCCUGUCCGCAACACUGUAUUUAAAAACCAGAAUGAUUUAUUUCUCUAGCAAGAAGCUGCAAGGCCUUCAUUUGAUAUAGUUUUUUUUGUACUGGAAGAUGACAUUUUUGAAAAGGGAGGAAGAGGAUUAGCUGUUUGUUUUGGAACUGUUUCAAGUCAAAGGUGCAGCAGUUAUUUUAUUUAUCUAUUUUUAUUUUAUCUUCUGGAUUAAAUUUGAGUUUACAGAUGUGAAUAAAUAAGGAGGAAGAUGGUUCAUCUGGGUUGAGCUUGAGCCGUUGGUGUGCGUUCAGUGGUCAGUGGAUUUUUGAUUGGUCAUGUCUCUCUUUACUGUUGUUGUAUUGGAAUGGAAGGGAGGAUGCGUGACAGAUUUGAUAUGUUACAGAGGGAACUAUCUCUCACACACACACACACCAUUAUUUUGGAAACUAUCCAAGAACCAAGAUGCAAAACUAAAUACAGGACAGGUGCCUGCCAUACCUAGUACUGAGCCUGCUCUAUGUAUAGAUAGAGAUCUUAUCACUUGUCAAGGUACUGUAGUCCCUCGAUACACAUUCUGACGCACCAUCGAGAGACUCCGUAUGAGGUGAAGUGUUAGUAACUGCUAUUUGCUACAAGCAUGCUCUUAUUGAGUUAGUGAAAGGGAACAUUUUCUCAGGCCCUACACAGAUUAUCUGCCUUUGCUGACCAAUCCAGUGGGUCAAUGCAACUUCGUUGUCUCAAUCUAAAAAGAAUACUGAACUACUUGACUUUACAAAUCAAAAUGGUGUUCUUAGAGUUUGUACAUAAUGUAUUUAGUAUUAUUUACUCUAUUGAUGUUGCUCUUUUUCAGUCAUUUGAGUUUCACAGUAUUUGCUUGUUUUUA